AUAGUUGAAGAGUUAAAGAACGUAUAAUGCAUUAAUUACACAAACUUUUUUUAAGAAUUGACCUAAGUUUUGGACUCAUAUAGGCCUCAGUGUCAUUGAUGCACUGACUGACACUAAACGUCUCUUGAUCUGAUUCUGAACCACUAUCAAAAUCCAGGCCCAUUAGGCCCAGACAUGUAUUGGAUUCUGGAUAGUUCUUUCUUGCUUUCAUCCAUCGAGAUGGUAUUUCCCCCAGGACUAGCAAAAUCCAGGCCCAUGUUCCAUGACUAUAGCAGCCAUUUGGGCCCAACGUUUCCCAAUCGCAAGGAAUGUCCGCCUGUCCAGACGCGGCGAAGCAAACGUCAUUUUUGUGUAUCGAGGCGGGCUACCACCAAAAUCAACCUCUUCCGCAAGCAAAGCCAAGAAAGAGGCGGCAAACCGCAAUGCACAAAUUUCCCAUCAGUUUCUUCUGCUGAGACUCACCGGAGAUUCGUCGGAGAGCAGGCUGCCUUCGCCUUUGCCUCUAUCGUCGGCAUUUGAUGACUAGUCGAAACAAUUUUCCAGCAAAACUCUUAACCCUGGUUCCCCGCUCAAUCCGCUCAUAAAUAACCUCCGUCAAAAUCCGAAACCCUCGCAUUUCUACGACUAAACCGCGCCGCCGGCUCCUCCCGUCGCGCCGUCGCCUAUAUUUUGAACAGGUGGAACUCGUUGUUUCUCGUCUUGCCGUGCCUCCAACUCCCCGGAAAUCGCUUGAUUCAUCGGAACCGUCCGAUCAAGUGUUCCUGUUUCUCCGAGGCCGCCUGCUAAUUUGAAUAUGGUUCAAAUUUCAUUCCCAGAUCCAGAGAGGAUCUCGAUUUGACAGUGGUCCGCUAGUGGGCGCUCACGUUCCUAGUUUCCCCAAAGAUUUGGUUGCAUUCGUUUGUCACUGGUGGCUGCCGGGUGCGUCUUACUCUCUUCUCUCCUUUCCAUAACAUUUUUUAAAUCGUUUCUUCCCCAUUUUUUUAAUUUCCCCCAUAUGUGACCUUGUGAUAUAUAGAAAAUAGUGUUGGGGUAAAUAUAUUGCACUAAAAAAUCACACGCUUGUAAAAAGUUUACAGGUAAGUUGGACCUGGUGGCAGAGCCUCCAGAAUUACGGUAACCAACUUACUUAAAUAAAUUUACUUCGAUAAUUUAAUAAUGCAAUAUACUACGACUAUUCUCAAAAUAACAACAAGCAUAGAUAAUAAUAAAUGACACCGAGGAUUUACGUGGUAUACCCUGAUUAUGGGCCAGUCCACGGGAACAGCAGCUCCAGAGUAUUUCUUUACUAUAACAAUGGUAGUUUGCAGAGAUUUUCUCGAUACAAGAAAUAGAACACACGGUGUUUCCCAAACAACCUCACUAUUUCACUCACAAUGAAAUCUCCUAUCUACCCGUGGUAGUGAAAACGUUUCACUACCAAAAACCCACAAAAGAAAUACGAACAGAAGCAGAGCAAAGGAAAUGGAGAAUGAUGGAAUGGUGAAGGAUGAUUUUGAAAAGGAGAACCAUAUUCCCUAUUAUAGCAGAGGAAAUGAGAAACCAAUUGAUUGCAAUUGAUUGGAUCUAUCUGCUAUCCAUCUCCCCAACUGCAUUUAAGUUUUUUUUUUUUUUUUAUUUCCACCGCCAGCUGAAUUGUUGGCCUCUUCCUCACCAUAUGUAGGCGGGCCAACAAAUAGAACUAGCAGUGUCCGAGUUCAAGUCGCCCUGGGAUUCGUUGCGAGACUGUUUGUUGCUUGGCGUGCACCGUUGUGGUUCUCUGCCUUCAUUGCCAAGCUAUUGAAGGAGGAACCCGCAUCUUCCUGGUUCAAUAGAGAGCCAGAGACCAUGGUGGUGACGUUGUUUUGCUGAAGCACCAUGCCCUCUCCUUUUCUGGUUCUUAUUGAGGUAAAACCACAACCACUUAUAUGCUUUUUGGGUGGUUUCCCAAAAUUGGGGUUUUCCAAAUUUGGUAGUUCUUAAUUGCUUCUAGGAAGGGUAGAGACGAGUAGUCACGAAAAAGUAAACGAACAAUGAGCAACAGGAGAUUUUCGGUCGUUAAAAACUAUCGUAGUCUCAUCGAAUCUGAUACUUUAUUUAUUCGCACUUCACUGUUACAUUUUUGUUUGCUCUUCUCACACAUUUCACGAUCGCUAAUGUCUUCGCACGUUCCUUAGUGCGAGCCAUAGAUUUUGUGGGGUAAUCGUCCUUCCCAGGAUUAGUUGAAUUUGAACGAGUAAGUAGCAUCCGUUUCUUGUCUCACACGGUUUGCAUGCUUUGUCUGUUUGUCUUACGACUUCUUAAAGAUGCCUUUUGCUUGUGGAUAUAUUUCUCUGCUUAGCUAUAGCAGUGUGGCUCCUGACUCUGCUCGCUCUUAUAUGUCUUCAUCUCUGUCUCUGUCCUUUUACCAGAAAUUUGAAGAAGCUAAAAACCUCUGUUCCCAGACUUCACAUUGGUAGAUCCUGUAGCUGUGGUUAAUUUCUGGUGGCAAGGUAGGAUCUUAUUUUGGCCUCUCUUGCUGUGGUUGAUGAAAGUUCUUCUGGGUCAGAUCCUUUUGGGUCUCAAGGUGGUUUCUUGGGUUUAUUUUACCUUAAUUGGCUGCUUGAUGGUACCUUAGGAGGUUCGCAAUGUGGAAGAGUGUUGUUGAAAAUACUUGAGUUUCAGGGGUGUUGAUAUGUUGUUGGAAGUUCAGUUCCAACAUUAGUCAGUGGAUAAAUGUUGGUCUUGCAG